GCGACGGCGGCACCAGCAGCAUCGCCUCCACCCUGCUGGCCACCGCCCCGUCACAUCCUAGAAGUCAGACUUGCAGAGUCCCCGGCAGACCCACAGUCCUCCCCCUGCUCUUCCGAGAGGCACCAAACCCGGGCUGCGCUCCUCCAGGCCCUGAAGCCGCCCAGGCGGGCACCUGCGCCCGAGGCAGCCGCACAGCGCAGCGCUGCCGAGCAUCCUCGCCGAAGUCCUUCCUGCCCCGCGUCCCUCCUCUGUCCCCUCCGUCACACCCGCUGGCUCUCUUUGCCUCUCCUUCCCAGAUUUGUCCAGACCCCAAAUCCCGCCAGCGCCCCCCGUAUUUCGCCUUCCACGCGUCCGGUUUCCCGCCCUGCCAUGAGCUCCCCCAUCGGCAACAGCCGCUCCCUGGCCGCCUUCCUGCGGCAGCUGAGCGGCCUCGGGCAGCCCCCCAGAAGCGUGACAUCCGCAGCGUGCGGGCCCCCGGAGCCGCCCGAGGUGCCCCUCUGCCCGCUGGGCGCACGUGGCGAGACGCAGGACGCGGCCGCCCUGCCUGGCCCCACCAACUGGCCACUGCUGGGCAGCCUGCUGGAGAUUCUCUGGAAAGGGGGGCUCAAGAAACAGCACGACACCCUGGCCGGGUACCACAGGAAGUACGGCGAGAUCUUCCGCAUGAAGCUGGGCUCCUUCGACUCCGUGCACUUGGGCUCGCCAGGCCUGCUGGAAGCGCUGUACCGCACCGAGAGUGCCUACCCGCAGCGGCUGGAGAUCAAACCCUGGAAGGCCUAUCGCGACUACCGCAAGGAAGGCUACGGGCUGCUGAUCCUGGAAGGAAAAGACUGGCAGAGAGUCCGGAGUGCCUUUCAAAAGAAACUAAUGAAACCAGCGGAAAUCACGAAGCUGGACACCAAAAUCAAUGAGGUCCUGGCUGAUUUUAUGGGUAGAAUAGAUGAACUCUGUGAUGAAAGAGGCCACAUUGGAGACCUCUACGGUGAACUGAACAAGUGGUCAUUUGAAAGUAUCUGCCUUGUGUUGUAUGAGAAGAGAUUCGGGCUCCUUCAGAAGAAUGCAAGGGAGGAUGCUUUGAACUUCAUUGCGGCCAUCAAAACAAUGAUGAGCACGUUUGGAAGGAUGAUGGUCACGCCCGUCGAGCUGCACCAGAGCCUCAACACCAAGGUCUGGCAGGCCCACACACUGGCCUGGGACACCAUUUUCAGAUCAGUCAAGUCUUGCGUCGACAACCGGUUAGAGAAAUAUUCCCAGCAGCCCAGCGCAGACUUCCUUUGUGAUAUUUACCACCGCAGUCAGCUUUCCAAGAAAGAGCUAUAUGCUGCCGUCACGGAGCUCCAGCUGGCCGCGGUGGAGACGACAGCAAACAGCUUAAUGUGGGUGCUCUACAACUUAUCUCGUCACCCUCAAGUCCAGCAGGAGCUUCUAAAGGAAAUUCAGCGUGUAUUGCCUGAACACCAGGUGCCACGGGCAGAGGAUUUGAGCAACCUGCCAUACUUAAAAGCCUGCCUCAAAGAAUCGAUGAGGUUGACUCCGACCGUGCCAUUCACAACUCGGACGCUCGACAAGGCAACAGUUCUGGGUGAAUAUGCUUUACCCAAAGGAACAGUGUUGAUGCUAAAUACCCAGGUGUUGGGGUCCAAUGAAGACAACUUUGAAGAUUCACAGCAGUUCAGACCUGAACGCUGGCUUCAAGACAGGAAGAAGAUUAAUCCGUUUGCACAUCUUCCAUUCGGGGUUGGGAAAAGAAUGUGCAUUGGCCGCAGGCUGGCUGAGCUCCAGCUCCACUUGGCUCUUUGCUGGAUUGUCCGCAAAUACGCCAUCGUGGCCACAGACAACGAGCCCGUGGAGAGGUUGCACUUGGGCAUCAUGGUGCCAGGCCGGGAGCUCCCCAUCGCCUUCUGCCAGCGAUAAGACCCCUCAGACCUUUCCCCAUCAAGACCAAGAACAGCAUUGUUACCUCACACAAGUUUGGUGCCUUUGGCUUCUGCAUUACUGGAAAGCAAACAUCAACAACCAAAGCACGCAACAUUCAAGCUCAGGUGUUCAUUCUCUACUCUUCUUCACAGCUGUUCGAGAAGCUGUGCUGUCUGUGAUGACGGUGUUUUCUAAGAUGAUAACCAACCCAGGGAAGUACGUUGAGUGUUGGAAUACGAGACUCUCCGGGGUCUACCGCUGGUUUACAUGUAGCCAAUGUCAGCACCAUCCUCACUCAGAUUGCUCAGGAACUGGUUUAUUUUGUGUUUUCCACAAAAUAAAACGUUACAGAGCAAUCAAAUACACAUUUUAAGAAUCACUUUAAGGGAGUCGGAGCAUCUAACAUAAGAAUGUUUUAAUGGUUUACUAUGGCAUCAUUUUUCCCAGUGACUCUGAAAUUCUUUAUAUCGUUCGUGUAUUUCCUUUAUGACAUGGGGGUGUGGAUAAAUCAACAGUUUCUAAACUGUGUAUUUGUGUGUACGGGGUUGUGUGUGGGUCUACUGGCCAUUUGCUUCAGUCGUUUAUGUACAAACUACACCUGAUUUAGGAUCUGUGGUGCAGGGCAAUGAUCUGAAGUUCAGUCAGAGCUUAAAAAUUUCAUGACGACUUUCAGAAAGUGACUUUCCAUGCCUUAGUUUCCCGACAGUCAGUGGGACAUAAGUAAAGUGUGCAUACAUUAGAGAUUAACUUUAUCUUUCAUAUGUUGUGAGUUCCUUGGAAAAUGGGAUUUUAUAAAUGUAAAAUGCAUAC